AUGCUCGAGCGCCGUGUUCCGCAUGCCAAUCCACCAGUGCAGAGCAGUGGGCUUGUCUCACAUGUUAACUGUGGCCGUUACGUUGGUGGACACGCAGUUCAUCAUCAGACUCGUACCGGUCAUCCGAUGGCACUCAGUUUCGCGGAUCUCUCUGUCUGGUGCUACAUGUGUGAAUCAUAUGUCCACAAUGAAAUUCUUAUUCCGGCCAAAAAUGCAGCACAUCGCUCCAAAUUUGGUGUUCCAGAUCCGCAACAUGAGACAUCCGCAGAAGACAGUCAGUAG